AUGGAACCAUGUAAUGAUACACAAAUUUCAGAAUUUCUUCUUCUGGGAUUUGCAGAGGAACCAGAAUGGCAGCUUCUGAUAUUUGGACUUUUCCUCUACAUGUACCUGAUCACUGUGUUUGGAAACCUGCUCAUCAUCCUGGUUGUCACCUCAGACUGCCAACUCCACAAACCCAUGUUCUUCUUUCUCUCUAACCUAUCAUUUGUAGACAUCUGUUUUAUAUCCACCACAAUCCCAAAGAUGCUCUGGAACAUCCAGACCCAGAGCAAAGUUAUAACCUAUGAAGACUGUAUCACACAAAUUUAUUUUUUCAUACUCUCUGCAGUGUUGGACAUCUUUCUCCUGACAGUGAUGGCUUAUGACCGGUUUGUGGCCAUCUGUCACCCCCUGCACUACACAGUCAUUAUGAACCCCCAGCUCUGUAGACUCCUGGUUCUGGUGUCCUGGAUCAUAUGUAUCCUCAAUUCCUUAUUACAAUGCCUAAUGACAUUGCAGCUUUCUUUUCGUGGAAGUGUGGAAAUCCCCCACUUUUUUUGUGACCUCAGUCAGAUCAUUCAACUUUCCUGUUCUGACACCUUUCUUAAUAACAUGGUGAUGUAUUUUACAGUUGGGCUGCUGGGUGGUGGUCCCCUGGCUGGUAUCCUUUACUCUUACUCAAAGAUAGUUUCUUGCAUACGUAGAAUCUCAUCAGCCCAAGGGAAGUAUAAAGCAUUUUCUACCUGUGCAUCUCACCUUUUGGUUGUCUCCCUAUUUUUUUGUACAAGCAUAGGAGUGUACUUCAGCGCUGCUGCUACCCACGGCUCACACGCAAGUGCAGUAGCCUCAGUUAUGUACACUGUGGUCACACCCUUGCUGAACCCUUUCAUUUAUAGUCUGAGAAACAAAGACAUAAAGGGGGCUCUGAAAAGAUUCUUUGCAAUGGAAAGUCUAAAAAGGAAACUUAUUCUGGGUCUAUAG